AUGAAAGAAGUGGACGACGCGCAGUUGUCAAGACGCCGAGACGACUUGCACAUUGUUCUACAUUCAAGAGGAACAUCUACCAUCACACCAGGACGUGGCCACUUGCGAAGAGUUUCUGCUACUACCGAACUGUCUUCGAUCUCGAGCUAUCCACACGCUGUUGCAUUUAAUCGUUACCACAGUUACAUUACCAGAGACCAAGCAAGUCAAUUCAGCCUCACUCCUCAGCCGAUCAACCCACCAGGAGAACGUCAAGUAAAUAAAUCUGUAAAUAUGUCGACCACCGAGAAAGCAAAGGACAAGCUUGAGGCUCAGAUCAAGUCUGCCGAUAUGACGGAUGAUAUGCAGCAGGAGGCAAUUGAUGUUGCACAAGAAGCUAUGAACAAGUUCACAGUUGAGAAGGAUAUUGCGAUGCACAUCAAGAAGACUUUCGAUGAGCGCAAGGGACCUACCUGGCACUGCAUUGUCGGUCGCAACUUUGGAUCGUUCGUCACCCACGAGACCAAACACUUUAUAUACUUCUACCUUGGCCACUGCGCGAUCCUCCUUUUCAAGACGCAAUAAAUGCAUCCACUAUACCUUGAAAUACCUCCUUUCACUUUUCCACCUGUCCAAAUUCGGUUUGUUCGGCGCACACAAGGCAAAAAGUUAUACUCGAUUUGAGCCACAUCCGGCUUUGGGACGGCUUGGAUGGUUAGGAGUGGUUUGUUAGGGAUAUGAUUAAUACGCUGGCUUGCUUUGGUUCUGAUCUGGAAGGUUUGCGCGCGCUGAAAGACGGGACACAUGGUUUCACGAAUGGAAAGCCAACGCAUCGCGCAGGUGAUGGAUUGGUGCAUAGAUGAGGACUUGUUCGUCUGGAUGGGAACGGCCAUUUGGAGACAGACUCCUGGAUCCUUAACGAGGACAUGUGAUGCAUGAAUGAAUGCUGCUUUCGUCUUUAUGAAUGCAACUGAUGACACCAUUUGUUUCC